AUGCUCCUCCUGCUGACCUCACUUCAGAUCUUGGCUCUAGCCAUGGUACAGAGCCAAGACGAUGAGAACAAAAUAAUUGGUGGCUACUCCUGCAUCCAGCACUCCCAGCCGUGGCAGGCAGCCCUGCUGGCCGGCGUCGGCCGUCGCUUCCACUGCGGAGGGGCCCUGCUGUCAGACCAGUGGGCCAUCACCGCCGCUCACUGCUCCCGCCCGAUCCUUCGGGUCGCUCUGGGCAAGCACAACCUGCAGAAGCGGGAGGCCACCCAGCAGGUGCUGCGUGUGGUCCGCCAGGUGCCACACCCCCAGUACAACGCCCGGACCCACGACAACGACUUGCUGCUGCUGAGGCUGCAGCAGCCGGCUCGACUGGGGCGUGCGGUGAGGCCCAUCCCCGUGGCCAGGACCUGCGCCAGCCCACAGACGCCCUGCCGCGUGUCCGGCUGGGGCACCACAUCCAGCCCCAUUGCCAGGUACCCCAACUCUCUGCAGUGCGUGAACAUCAACAUCACCUCCCAUGAGCAAUGUCAGCAGGCCUAUUCGGGCGCCAUCACGGCCGGCAUGGUCUGUGCAGGAACCCCGGAAGGCGGGAAGGACUCUUGUCAGGGAGACUCCGGGGGACCCCUGGUGUGCAAAGGGAAGCUCCAGGGCCUGGUGUCCUGGGGGAUGGAGCGCUGUGCCCUGCCGGGCUACCCCGGAGUCUAUACCAACCUCUGCAAGUACUAUGACUGGAUCCAGCAAACCAUUCAGAGCGCAUGA